AACUUUGCAAGAAAUCAUUUUCGAUGCAAUGAGCUUGAUGCGGUUGAUCUAGAAUCGGAUGGUAGCGUUGGAUCUAAAUAUUCACACUUCGAACGACGUCUGUCUAUUGGUGAAGCUAUGUCUGCUAUCUGCGACAUCAUGGCGUCUGUUUCCGGUUUAACUCUCAACUACUUCAAAGAUACUGG